AUGUCCUCCUCCACCACCACCACCACCACCACCACCAUUCCAAUCCCCCCCUUCUCCUCCCUCCCCCUCGACAAAUCCGGCCCCCACCACAACGCCUGGGGCCUCUACGACCCAACCGACCAACUCGGCACCCUAAACCGCCUCACCGACGCCGUCGUCGCGCGCGCCGCCUCCGAAAUCCGCACCGGCACGCGCAUAAACCUCGACUGGCCCAUCGCCUGCCCUUCUUCGGCCGGCAAAAGUAGUUCCCAGUGGGAUGGGGUGCGGCAUUUUGGGUAUCAGAAGGAGGGGGUGUUGUAUAAUGGUGUGACGAUGGAUGAGAUCCACGGCCGGAACGGGGUCGAGAAGACGGAUAACCUAGGAAUCGGCGCGUGGGCGGAGAAAGGCAUUGUAGGACGCGGAAUCCUACUAGAUUAUCACACCUGUCGCCGCCUCCCAAAAACACCCCCAAUCCACCACGGCGACAUCAUCCUCCUCCUCCUCCUCCUCCGCACCGGCUACCUCCACGCCUACUCGCUCCUCUCCCGCCCCUCUCUCGAGUCUCUCCGCUCGGAAUCACUCCUGUGUUUCACAGGCGUCGAGCAAUCCGAAGACAUGAUGGCGUUCAUGUGGGAGAAUUUCUCAGCGUGUCCGACGCAGGAGGAGUAUCAUUUGCAUGAGGUCAUGUUGGCGGGGCGGGGGAUGCCGAUUGGGGAGCUUUUUGAUUUGGAGAAGUUGGCAGCGGAGAAGGUGAAUUAUGUGCCUGGGGGUGUGGCGAGUCCGCCGAAUGUUGUUGCGAUUUUUUGA